AUUAGGCAACACUGGUCGACGCUAGCAAGAAGAAUUUAAUCACAAUUUAAUUUCUUUAGUUUUUUGGGUUUUUAUUUAAAUUAAGAGCACGCACCGAAUCAAAAACGCAAUCAGCGCCAACCGAAUUGAGUUUUCAAUUAGCAGAUAGUCGUCAAUUAAGGGUUUAACCAAUGCGCCCCAAACAUCCAGCAGUGCAACAAUUCCCACACUAAAAACAAAUUUUCAGUUCUUCACCAGAUGUUCAAACGUCGCCUCGCCAGCAACCGAGACCGAAUUUCCACUCGCCAUCGAUACUACCGGGCUUCCAACUGAACCCGACCCCCGACCAUGGACGUAUCCGCCUCCACGUCGUUUGAAUCCUCGCCGGACAAGAGAAACAGCACCUACGUGGGCGACAACACUUUGUACGACAGUGCCCUGGAUCACCAGUUGUCCACCACGGCCUACAAGUCGUGCAAUGAGAGCCUUAUCAGUGAACUGAGCCAGAAUCCUCUGGGUCUCUCAAAUUCGGCUAACAAGACAGCCAGUGCGGAAUUUGGCAAUGAAUCGGCUGCAUUCAAGGCCCUCGGAUCCCCGGCAGCUUUCAACAAUGCAACGCCAGCUCUCAAUGCCAGCAUGCUGCUGAUUCAGUCGGAGAGCACGGACACAAAUACCUCGCAGGAAGAGGUGGACCCCAAGUCACAACUGGCCAACAAGACAAUAUUCAAGACGGAUAAUCCCAACCUGUCAAUUAUAGAAAUUAACGAUAACUCGAUUAAGGAGGAGGACCUCGAGAAGGUGGUGUUGGUGGAGGGCGACAGCGUGAAGAAUCUUUUGAAGAAGUCGCCCAGCAAGGAGACUUCGGCAAACGCUGACAAGAGACGCCGCAAGGAAUCGCUACUGCACACUAGCAAACAAAAGUUGGACAUUUCCAUCGCUGAAGCUUCGGCAGCCGCCGAUGGUGAUGGAGAGAAGCGGGAUCUGGUGCCGGUCAUCGAUCAGCCGCAGACCAAGCGCGAAAUCACAAUCUACGAUACCAUUGAGGAGUUCGAACAGAAUCUGCCGUCGACGGUGACGUUGUUGAACACGCCCUUCGGCAGCAAGGUAUAUCUUGUGGGCACGGCCCACUUCAGCGAGGAGUCGCAGGAUGACGUGUCUUAUGUCAUUCGCAAUGUCCGUCCAGAUGUGGUAAUGGUGGAGCUGUGUCCAUCGCGCAUACACAUCCUGAAGCUCGAUGAGAAGACGCUGUUGGAAGAAGCCAAAAGCAUCAAUAUUCCCAAGAUACGCGGAAUUCUACACUCACAUGGCUACAUCAACGGCAUCUUUUUCAUCCUACUGCUGCAGAUGAGCGCUCAGAUCGCCAAGGACCUGGGAAUGGCUCCCGGUGGAGAGUUUCGCCGUGCCUUUGAGGAGAUUCACAAGCUUCCUGGCUGCAUCUUACAUCUGGGCGAUCGUCCCAUCCGCAUCACACUUUACCGCGCACUACGCGCCUUGUCCCUGUGGCAGACCAUGAAGCUAGUGUGGCGUCUCACCUUCACGGACAGCAUUAGCAUUGAGGAGGUAGAGGAGUGCAAGCAGAGCGAUCUGCUCGAGAAGCUGAUGCAGGAGAUGGCUGGCGAGUUUCCUGCCUUUUCGGAUGUGUUUGUGCGCGAGCGCGACCUUUUCCUAUGCCACUCUCUGCAACUGGCUGCGCUGCCUCAGGCGGCGCCAGGUGCCCAACAGAUCCGUCCGGUACGUGUGGUCGGAGUGGUGGGCAUCGGACACGCCAAUGGCAUUGCCAAGAUGUGGGGCACCGUGGACCCGAAGAAGAUUCCGGCCAUUCUCGAAAUUCCGCCGGCCAGCCUGGGGCAACGCGUCUGCAAGUACACGCUGAAGUACGGCCUGAUUGGCCUCGGAUGCUACGGUGCCUUUCGUUUCUUCCGGCCCCGCCUGACCCGCUUCUUUUAGAUGGAUAGUGGACCAAGUAUGAGGCGACUGUAUACCCUGUGUCUGCUAUGUUAAUGAUUUUGUUAUUAGUGACUAACGAAUCCCUGCUGAUUUACCAAUUUAUUGUGCGCUGUUAAAGCGAAUUAAUUUUAUUUUACAAUGAUGUUUUGAUAGACUCGUUUAUAUACGAAAUACAUAUAUCCAUGGAUGUAUAUACCUACAAACACAGGUACUACCAAACAGGAAAGACCACAACACAUAAUCUUAGUUUCAAAGCACCCAGCACCACUACCCAAAAAAUCAAUCGGAUUUGAAGAAUGUUCCAUUCGCUGAUGGUUUUUAUCAGUUUCGAAAACAUGUUCCCAAAUAUCAGUUGUGUUACUGAACAAAAUUCGAUGAUUAAUUCUAAAUUAAAAACAAACAAGUAGCAGAAUCAUAGAAAACCUAUUCUUAGGUUUUAUCACAUUGUUAUUGUCCACAUGACUGUUGACUCAAAAGAACCACAUGUAUAUGAAACCAAACUUUGAAUAGUUAAGGCAUUGUAUUUCAUGUUGUAUGUACAAGGUUUCCUAGCAGGCCUGGCUUGUGUUAAGCUCGAGAAUGAGAACUAUUACAUAUAGAACCCGCCUCAGCA